UAUUUGUGAGACAACUUUCUUCCGGGUCGACUUCGGCGCUGCUACUGGAAAAACAGACUUUUAAUUGUCGUUCAUUCUUAAAAGGCCUCAUGUCCUUGUGCAUGCCAACGAAGGAUGUCUUUUGCAGCACUGCGUUUGAUUCACUGUCGAAAGCUGAGUUCAACAACGAAGUCUGAAGUGUUUCAGUGGAGAAGCUUGAUAAGAAAAAUAGCCAAAGUAACAGGUGCAGUUGUCCUAGGUGGCUGUCUCUUCAUCACAUAUGAAGUGGCCGCUUUGGACAAAGCUGUAACUAUUGACACAAGUGCUAUCAUCAAAGAGAAGUACAAAUCUUAUAUUUAUCUUAAAGGAGUCUCCUCAGAAGAAAAAGACAACUUCACUGCAGAACUUACACAAAAAGCAAGAAAGGAGCUACAUAAAGCAGCAAGGCGUUUUUUGGAAGUAUCGUCUUGGCUCUUUCAACAUUCUCUUGAUGAGCAUUUUCGCCAUGUGGAUGCUGACCCACAUGAGGUGGCGUUAUGGGUCCUCCUGAAAAAGACAAAGUCGGCCAACAAGGCUGUUCGUCUGCAGGCUGUUCAGGAACUUGGGGAAAAUCACAACUGGCAGGAUUAUCAGUAUCAAACAGCAGCUCAGGUCAUAGACCAACGAACAGCAGUGGGUCUGGCCAGGACUCCUCAAGUUGACCUGCGCUUUUUCAGGCCACCACCAGCACUUUUAAACCCUCAGGAUGAUGUGUCAGCAGAGGAUGGACUGAGACAGCUGUUGGGCUCUCUACCUCAGUCAGAAGUGGACAAAUGUGUUCAGUACUUCACUUCUCUGGCUUUGCGGGAGAGCACUCAAUCUUUGGCAGCACAACGGGGAGGGCUAUGGUGUUUUGGUGGUAAUGGACUGCCCUAUGCCCAAAGCCUGACUUCAGUCCCUUCUGAAAAGGUGGAGUCCUUUUGUUUACAAGCUCUGGUGCAACACUCAAAGGUCCAGAGUCACUGUGAUCCUAUUGUAAAAAACGGGGGCCUGCAUCUGCUUCAGAAGAUUUUCCAGCUUCGUAACGAUUCACUUAAAAUUCAAAGAAAUAUUGUUCGCAUCAUAGGAAAUCUGGCAAUUAAUGAGAAUCUUCACCAAGCCAUUGUACAGUCUGGGUGGGUGUCUGUCUUGGCUGAGAUGGUGCAGUCUCCUCAUGUCAUGCAAGCCUCACAUGCAGCUCGUGCUCUGGCCAAUUUGGAUAGGGAAACAGUUAUGGAGAAAUACCAGGAUGGGAUAUAUAUUCUCCAUCCUCAAACACGCGGCAAUCAGACUAUCAAAGCAGAUGUGCUCUUCAUUCAUGGGAUUUUAGGAGCAGCCUUUAAAACAUGGCGACAGAAAGAUCGCAGUAACUCAUCUGAGGAAGACGAAAUGGAGCAUAGAAAUGAUUACACAGAGUGCUGGCCCAAGUCUUGGCUGGCAGUGGAUUGUCCUAAUAUUAGAGUGUUAUCUGUGGAAUAUGACACUCAUCUCAGUGACUGGAUGUCCAAGUGCCCUGCUGAGAAUCAGAGAAAAUCAUUAGCCUACAGAAGCCAAGAACUGCUGAAGAAGUUGCAGCAGGCUGGGGUUGGACAAAGACCAGUGGUCUGGGUCGCACACAGUAUGGGGGGGCUACUUGUCAAGAAAAUGCUCCUUGAUGCUGCAGAAGACCCAAACAUGCAAAAGUUGCUAAAAAACACCAAAGGAAUUUUAUUUUAUAGUGUCCCUCAUCGUGGCACCUACAUGGCUGAGUACUCGGUGAAUGUCAGAUAUCUGCUGUUCCCUUCAAUAGAAGUCAGGGAGCUAUGCAGAGACUCUCCAGCACUCCGUAACCUUAAUGAGGGCUUUUUGGACAUAGUCAAAGAAAAAGACAUUAAAGUUCUUAGUUUUGCUGAGACACUUUCUACAAACAUUGGCCCUAUGAUCAAAAUAUUGGUGGUGCCAACUCAAUCAGCAGAUCUUGGCAUUGGAGAGCUCAUUGAGGUGGAUGUAGAUCAUCUAAACAUCUGUAAGCCAGAGAAGAAGAACUCCUUUCUGUACAGACGAAGCCUCCAGUUUAUUCAGGAAGCACUGCACAAAUACAUCAACUCCUAACAUGAAGGGCAUUAACGAAACCAGUUUGCCUGAAGCAGGGGAAGCUCUAUGCCCCAAACCACAGUAACCUGCCGUUUGGGCUGUGCAUAUAAAUGUCUGACUAGUACUACAUAUGUAUGUGUGUAAGUUCUACUGUAAAUACUAAACCUAACCUACUUGGGGUGCUUUUCAACUAAGAUGCCAUUUUCUUGGUGUAUGAACAGCUGGUCCCCUUUAUUGUAUAGCCAAUUGAUUGCAGAUCUUAACCCUCGUUUUAAAUGGUUGACUUUUGCAACUGCUUUAUUUAUUUUGUCAGAGAAUAUCAUGUCAUUGAGAAUAUAUGUAAAUGAGUAGUUAUGUGAGUCACUUUAUGACUCUAAAUAAAACUAUCCUAAAUAAA